UCAGUUUUCUAUAGUGUUACUCAACAUAGAAUUAUAAGUCUUAACUGAGAGUAGAUACAGGUAAAGCCUCCAAUAACGAUCUUAGUUCAAUUUCCUGUAAAAACAAAGUUUAUUUCUACCUUUUUCCACCCGUUAAGAAACCUUGUCAUGAACAUGCAUGUAAUAAUUUUUAUUUUAGGGUCUUGGCCCAUUUGGUUGUAGCAAAUCAUCCAUGUUUCGGACUUCAACUGCAAAACGGUUUUCUUCCCAUUUGAAUCCUGAAACUGUUAUUCCUCAAGUCACUAGGUCCUUCCUCCCCGUCUUUAUAUAUAUAUUUUUUACAUAUAAUACUCACCCAUCACCCUCUUCUUUUAUCUUUACCAACACGAUUAAGUUCCAAUUUGUCAGAGCGUUAUUUCUCAAAAGCAAUGGCGAUGCUUCCUCACUUCUACGGCGCCCGACGCAGCCCCAGCGGCGUUUUCGGCCCUUUUUCUUUGAACAUAUGGGACCCUUUCAAGGACUUGGAUUUCCCUCAACCCUCCCGUGAAAAAGCCGCCUUCGUCAACGCACGUGUGGACUGGAAGGAGACCAACGAUGCGCACGUGUUCAAGGCCGACCUUCCUGGGCUGAAGAAAGAGGAAGUGAAAGUGGAGAUCGAGGACGACAGGGUGCUCCAGAUCAGCGGCGAGAUGAUGUUUGAGAAGGAAGACAAGAACGACACCUCGCACCGCCUCGAGAGGAGUAGUGGCAAGUUCUCCAGGACGUUCAGGUUGCCGGAAAAUGUGAAGAUGGAUGAAGUUAAAGCUUCUAUGGAGAAUGGGGUUCUCACUGUCACUAUCCCUAAACUUCGGGCCAAAAAUUCUGAGAUCCGGUCCAUUUUAAUUUCUGGUUAAAAGGGCUUAUACCACCAUGUCUCGGCUUCAAUCUGCUGGGGGGUUUUCCACUCUAUUAUUGCAUACUAUUUUACAUUAUGUGUUGUCUAUGAUCAGUGUCUUGUUUCUCUUUUGUUGGCCAAUUGCCAUUGAAAUAACAAUAUAUGGGGUGGAUUUUAUUUUCAUUUCACCAUUGAAAAUGACAAUGCAUUUGGCUCAUUUUCAUGCCAAUAUACAACCUAAUCAUUUCUUGUUGGA